CAGCCCCCUUCCUGGUCUGGCUCCACCCUUGCCCGGAAACUGCCUUUUCAAAAUACAUGCAUGCCCCCCCUAACACCCCCAAAAUCCUCCAGCAAUAUGAAGAUUUAGGGUACCCCAUCUGCAUUGAGGAAGGAUCUGGAGCGAUCUGGGAGGAAACUCGACGUGACUAUUUAGAAUCUGCGCUCGCCCUUCUUCCUUCUAGAAUUUCCUUCCCUGCGGCGCCCUCUUUGUGAGAUCAGCCCGGGAUGAAAAUGGAGGAGCAAGACCCGGCGGGCGAGGGGUCGAGGAGGAACGACCCCUGGGCGCUCCAGCCCGAGACUGUCAGGGAAUUCCUUCCGAGGACACCGGGAGACGAGAUUAAGCAGGAACCGGACGAGGGGUCCCUGCAGCAGUGGGAGGCCCAGUGGCAAGAGUUCCUGAAGACAGUGGAAUCCCCUCCAUCCGGACGGGCGUCCCCAAGUUUGCCGGAAGAGGCCUGGGACGACACCAAGGCCUUCCUGGCCUCCUUCGAGCAAGUGGCCAAAGCUUGCCGCUGGCCCAAGGAAGAGUGGGCAGCCCGGCUCCUGCCGGCCCUCAGCGGAGAGGCUGAGCGUGCCUUUGGCAACUUGGAAGCCGCGGACAGAGAGGAUUAUGGGAAAGUGAAGGCGGCCAUCUUGCGAGGGGACGCCAUGCGGCAGGAGGAGCAGCGCCAGUGCUUCCGGCGCUUCCGCUACCAGGAGGCCGAGGGUCCCGGAGGGGCUCACAGCCGCCUCCGGGAGCUCUGCCGGCAGUGGCUGAGAGUCGAGAGCUGCAGCAAGGAGGAGAUCUUGGAGCUGCUGAUCCUGGAGCAGUUCCUGGCCGUCCUGCCGCCCGAGAUGCAGAGCUGGGUCAGGCCACGCGGGCCGGAGACCUGCUCCCAGGCGGUGGCCCUGGCGGACGACUUCCUCCUGAGGCUGCGGGGGGCCAAGAAGCCGUCCAAGCAGGCGGCAUUUGAGGAGACGGAUACAAGCCGAGCCUUGUCUGAUAUCGAGCAGAAGCAACUGUGUGUGGAGGCAAAGCAGGAAGAUGACAACAGGGAGGCAAGCCUGUUGGGCGAUGAGUGGAAAAGCAAGAACGAAGGGGAGCUGUGUGGGGAUUUCUCAGGAAGAGCCAAGUACGAAGAGCUGAAAGAGAAUUUCUGGAGCCAAGAGAGACCUGCGUCCAUCCCUCGCCAGGGUGGAGACUUCCACGAAACCCUGGUCCAAAAGGAAAACCAAACAGAAAAAAGAGGGAGCGGUUUUCCCAGUGAUCACUGGGGAAUCCACACAGAGGAGAAGCAAAAUAAGACCGCCAUGUUUGGGAGGGACUUUAUUGAGAGCAGACAGCUUACCAAAUGUGCAACGCUCCAGAAAGAGGAAAACUCUUAUAUAUAUCUGGAUGGUGGAGAGGGUUUCAGUCACAGUUCAGAUCUUAGAUCACAUCAAGAUGCCCCCAGAGGUGACGAACAGUAUAAAUGCUCGGACACAAACAAGAGCUUCUGUGAUCAGUCCGACCUUCCUAAACAUCCGAGAAUCCCCAAAGGGGAGAAGCAGUACAAAUGCUUGGAGUGUGGGAAGUGCUUCGGUCGGAGCGCACACCUCACUUCGCACCAGAUAAUCCACACCGGGGAGAAACCGUACCGGUGCCUGGAGUGUGGGAAGAGCUUCGUACAGAGCGCCCACCUGGCUUCGCACCAGAUAAUCCACACCGGGGAGAAACCGUACCAGUGCCUGGAGUGCGGGAAGAGCUUCAACAAGAGCACAAACUUCCUCAGGCACCAGAAGCUUCACAAAGGGGAGAAACCGCACCGGUGCACGGACUGCAGCAAGAGUUUCUCGGACAAGCCCAGCCUCAUCCAGCACCAGCGAGUCCACACCGGUGAGAAGCCCUACAAGUGCUUGGAGUGCGGGAAGAGUUUCAGCCACAGGGGGAGCCUUAGCGCACACCAGAGAAUGCACACAGGGGAAAGGCCAUAUAUGUGCUCCGACUGUGGCAAAAGCUUCCGCGACCAGUCGAGCCUCAUUAGGCACAAGAGGAUCCACACCGGGGAGAAACCGUAUACGUGCUCCGAGUGCGGGAAGAGCUUCAGCCAGAGAAGGACCCUGAAGGCCCACCAGAGAGUCCACACGGGCGAGAAGCCGUACAAGUGCUCCGAGUGCGGAAAGAGCUUCAUCCAAGUGUCAAACCUUACUGCACACAAAAGAACCCACACAGGGGAGAAGCCCUACACCUGCUCGGAGUGCGGAAAGAGCUUCAGCCGGAGCGACCACCUGACUUUACAUCAGAGGACGCACACGGGGGAGAAGCCGUACAUGUGCGCCGAGUGUGGGAAGAGCUUCAGUCAGAGCACCGACCUCACCUCACACCAGAGAAUCCACACCGGAGAGAAGCCUUACAAAUGCUUGGCGUGCGGGAAGAAUUUCAGCCGGAGUUACCGCCUCACUAUCCACCAGAGGAUGCACACAGGGGAGAAGCCGUAUAAAUGCCUGGAGUGUGGCAAGAGCUUCAGUCGGAGCGACCAUCUCACUUCACAUAAGAAAAUGCACCCGGGGGAGAAAUCAUAAAAACGAAGCUUUCCCCAUACAUAGAACAGUCACGACUACCCUGUCUGAGAACCCUCUCACGGUGGAGAAACUGUAUAAAUGCUCAGAGUUUAGCAAAAAAAAAUACCCCAGUUACAGUGGAACCUUGGUUUUCGAAUGUAAUCCGUUCUGGAAGACCGUUCAACUUCCAAAAUGUUCGAAAACCAAGGCGCAAAGGGCAGCCUGCAAUUUCAGCGGAGAAAAUUAAAAAAAAACCUCAGCAGAAGCCGUUCAACUUCCGAGGCGCGUUCAAAAACAGAAGCAAUUACUUCCGGAUUUUCGGCGUUCAAAAACUGAAACGUUCGGCUUCCGAGACGCUUGAAAACUGAGCGUACUUUAAAUAAAGUCUGGCAAUGCGUCUUGGAAGUUGGACGGUGUGUGGGGGGGGGGUUUGUUUCAAAAAUUGGAAUCGAAGCAGAACAGAUCCUAAGGACAGCAAACAUUUGAAAAUAUCCUGCCAGUUCUCCAGCAAACAAUUAAAUUGCCAAAAGAGGCAGUAUUCCAGCUGCUUUCCAGAUAUAUAAAAGUUUUGUGUUCAGCAUUCACCUUAUGCAAAAACUACAUAAAAAAAGAGUUUUCCUUGAUUUUUUUUAAAAAAACAUUAUGUACCGGUAUAUUCACCUCGUAUUUAUUUAAGCAGGCAGCAAACUGUCCUAUACAGAUCUUUCUCCUCUGGAUAGAUUUGCAUGCUGGUAUGUUAAUGUGUUCAGGGUUGGUUUUAAGCAACAACAAUAAACAAUGUUAAAACAUUUCUCAGA